UAUCAUGUGAUUCAUUGUAUAUAAAGCCAGUUAUUCUUUGAGUAUAGUUGGAACUCUUUGGAACCCUUUGACCUAUAAACGCGCUUCUUGUAAAUUAUAAAUGGCGACGGUUGAUCUUUUAGUACAAGACGAUGUUUCUAUUGUACUGGUUAUUACUGUGUUCUGUUUAAAUGUUCCUUUGAUGCUGGCGAUUGUGCUUGGAAAUCUUAUUGUUAUACUUAGUAUUUACAGAAAACGUGCGUUGACACAAACUCCGAGCAAUAUAUUCAUGUCGUCUUUAGCUCUAGCUGAUAUUAUGACUGGCCUAAUAGGAGUUCCUUUCAGCAUCGUUGGAUAUUUGCUCCGUAAAAGUUUACUUUAUUCAGUUAACUGUGCAAUUUGGUAUUUUGUGCCAUGCAUAAUAUUCAUACACGUUUCUGUGUUCAACUUGAUUGUCAUUACUUUGGAUCGGUUUCUUGCGAUCAAAUAUCCGCUUCGAUACCACGUGUGGAUGGCUCCCGAAAGAGCGAUUCGAAUAUGCGUUUUCGUUUAUUUUCUUGGUAUAUUCCUCGGAAGUAGUUCGUUUAUUGUAGCUGCUGUUGCUAGUAUUUUUGUACCAACACCAAAUGUGACAUUCGAGUACGAUUGUGGAAGUUUUGUCUUUUAUGACAUUUAUGGUGCUCCUGUUUAUUAUUACUUCACAAAUCCUCUUACAGGAUUAACUAUUCCAUGUCUAUUAAUUUUGUACGCGUAUAUUUUCUCAAUUGCAUCAAAAAAGGCAAAGGAGGCUGCUACACGCCAUGGAAAGAAAAUCAACAAACGAGAAAUGAAAGUAACCAAGACAACGGCUAUAGUACUUCUGGUUUACACUCUGUGUAUGGCACCAACCGUUUUUAAAAAACUCGUCCAGGGCUACAUCGAUGAUGGUUCAACCUGGCUGGUGUGGUACCCGUGGUUUUCGGAUUUCACAGCGAUCGCAAAUUCGAUGCUAAAUCCGUUGAUCUACGCCGGAAGAUGUAAAGUGAUGAGAGAAGAAUAUAUAAACACAAUGAACUUUAUAGCUAGUAAGUUGUGUCCAAGAUUUAUAAACAAAAUCGACACAACUGACACUGAUUUUGAGCCUAACCAGAACAACCAACGACGGUCAUCCACAACGAAUAUGUUCAUUCCUUGUUCAGUCACCGAUUAAGACUGAGUAUCACCAAAUGUUCAGGCAAUAUUCAAAAAGAUCUUCGGUAGAGUGGAUACCAUGGUAUAAUCUUACAAAGAAGUAAAUAGUUUAGUGAUGCCUUUAUUUUAUUUUAUAUUUCUUUUUGUUCAAUAUUUAGGAUAACAUUAAUACAGUACAUCAUUGUUGUAGUAGUCGUGAAGGUAAAAACAGGUUAUUAUUAUAAGUCAACCAUGAUGUCAUCAUUGUAACUCCAACGUCAUCUUCCUAUCCCAAACCGCAUACUAAUUUCGUGACAUGUUGGCGGUUCGUGUGUGCAAAAGGUCAAACAAACAUGUAUCGCGCACCAUUAUUAGCUUAUUUAUAGUAACAUAUUUUUUUCUGAUCCGAGUGGUUAUAAUGUAUUUGCGAUAUGAACCUUUCCAGAAUGUCAAUAAAACUUAACAAAUGACCAAUCAGAACAGGCCUAGGAAUACACGUGUGUCUAACAAGCACAUUGUUGUCUAAAGCCAGGAACACACUGCGCCCGAUGACGGUCGUCGCCAACGCGAUUCUAACACAACGCCACGUACGACGUAAUACGCAGGGAGUGCUCGGCUUUUUACACGCCUUUGCGAAUAUUUUAAUACACUAUCAACAAUUUUCCAGAGCGGAGCUUAGCGAAAAGGUUCAUUUUAUUUAUUUUAUUUUAUUUUUUUUUAUUUAGAAGAAUAUUGAAUUCUAUAUUGUUAGUCUCAAA